AUGGAUUCGCCGUCACUCCCAAUGUCGAGUCCCACGAAGGCUCUUUUCCCAGUGUCCCCUGAGCGAAUGAAUCAGCAAUCUAUUCCAAACUCACCGUCCCUGCCGUCUGAUCUCGCGAACUAUAACUGCAAGACUUCGAAAGGCCUGUCAGAUGUUCAAUCCAGAGUCGCUUUUCUCAACAGCUUGUCGCGUGGACAGAGUCCCGUCGCUACGACCCAAACUUCCUCGUCAACCUCGGCAGCGCUUCAACGAGCUAUCCUCGGUCGGGAGGAGGCGGAAUCUGCUCUUAGAAGCGUAUCUAUCGAGCUUUCCGAGGCUCAGACACGUGAACGACGCAUAAGCGAGAGAUUGGAAUCCUUGUUGGAAGAAUUACAGGCUGCCAAGGAGCGCCAGGCUCAUGAAAGAGGAGUCUUUGAGAAAGAGAUAAGGAAAGCCAGAAAGGAAGCAUUUCGCGCAGGAUCGUCUCUAGUCCGGUUGCAGGAAGAACUCAAAAACGCGAGAAACGAAGCGAAGACACUGAAGGAUGAGGUCCGGUUGGAGAAAGAGGGAAGAGAAAAAGCUAAACAGGAAUCGUUUGAGCGUGCCUAUGCUCUUGCUGGUCUGACAGAAGAGCUCGAAAUUUUCAAGGGCAAAGUUCGAUCGCUUGAAGCAAGUAGCCAGUCUAACACCCUCCAAGUACGCGCUCUGGAAGUCAACGAAGAGGAUCCCGGACAAACAUCGACAGCAGAAAGCGAUUCAAAUGUCCUGACACCAAGAGAGCGAAGACCCAAGCGCGCCGCCGAAGACCUCGCUAGAUCUGGCUCUCUCGAAUCGACCGGCUCCCCCGAGAAGACUGACACGCCCCCGAAGCGGCAGAGGCUUUCCGAGCAAAUCAUUGCGCAUGAAGAUCAACCAGAAACGCGCGAGUCUGAGCUAGAGAAUAAUAGCAUCAUUGAUGAAUUACAAAACGAACUGGAAGUGGAAAGGCAGCUCAGGCUGGACGCUGAGGACAUGAUUGAAUUCUUGAAGAUGGAAUGCCACUUCCAGAGAUGCUCUUGUCGAGUCGCAGGACACCAUGAGCAGACAGAUCCUUCGGAUGACGCCUUGAUAGCUAGAGCAGGCACAGUUGAGAAGGAUGUUGUUGCUGAUCCCUUUGAGUCUCAUAUCCAUGAGCAUUCUACGGGAACUCCUGUUCAAGUUCCGAGAGCAGCCGCCGAAGGCUCACCGGCUCCCGAACCCAAAUAUAAGGAAGCAACCCUGGAAGAACCUUUGAUUACGUUCUCGCCAGUCACUGGGACCUUUCGGACGUUCCCAUCGCCUUUGAGGAACUCUCCCCAGAAGAAGCAGGAAGAACCCUUCGAAGAGCUCCGGUCCCCACGGUUACGGAUGCACACGGCCGGCAAUCUAUUCAACAUCUCCUCAGCCGGCUCACCAGUUACUGGAGGCAAUAGGGACUCCGAUAUUUUUGCUCCAUUUUCGGCGAAGCCACGCGCCACUAUGGAACAGACUCCUGAGUGCGAGGAGUGGCCCCGUGAGCAACAGAUCACCACCAUGGUUCCCUUAAGGGGUGACGAAGAAUCUUCUCCAAACUUUUUUGGAACUGUCCCCGGCACCCCUAUCAGUCGAGAAGACGCUUUAGCACAGAUUCGAGCCCGAAGAGAACAAAACACGAAAAGAUCUGCUAGUGCGAACGAAGCCGCGCUGCGCUCUGGCGGAAUGGGCACAACGCCUGCUCGGGGUGGCAGACGAGUUCCCGCCAUACAAGGCAGGGACUCUCACGAUGAUGGCCCACGAAGAGAUUUGAGUGCACCUGUUCGACUUUUCCGAUAA